AUGAUGGGCCUCCUGGAAAAGCAUCACUGUUCAGAUGCGGAGGCCGAUAGUUCAUCGGAGUUUACGCCAUGUGUCAGAGAAUGCCCGCCAGGACCAGCUGGUCCUCCUGGACCCCCCGGUGAUAAAGGACCCAAAGGAUAUCCUGGUGAAAUUGGCGAACCAGGCAUUCCAGGGAAGCCAGGAGAAAAAGGACCACCCGGUAAAAUGGGUCCGCAAGGGCCGCCUGGGAUUGCAGGUAUGCAGCAUGUUCUCGUUUUCCAAGAUGACUGGAUGUAUGCGUGGACUUUUUUUGCUAUUUUUUAUCUGUUGUCGUGA